UGAAAACUUGGCAGAAUCAUUUUUUUUUGUGGUUGCGCAGCAUUACUGUUGAGCUCGCAAGUUAAUACAGCCUCCUGGAAUUACAGCAGAGAGGCUUUACACGAGCUGGACUUUGUUCUAACGUUUGUGUCGCAGUUUAUAAAAACUUACGAUUCCUGCUUGCCUUGCUGAUAAAACGAACCGCUGAUUCUCGUCAAGAAAACAACCCGGCCUUAAUCAGGGCUACAGGGAAAGAAGAGUGGAGUGAAACCAACUAAUAAUCUGUUUCAUAAUAGACUCCUGGGCGAGUGGCAGACGUUGCCCUACCAGUCACUAAAAAGGAUCCUGAUCAGUGCCAGCAAUGUAUGGACUUCAUAGAAAUCAACAGAUUCCUUUUUAUGAUGAUCACCACUCACUCGACAAUGUGCCCCUAUCUGAAAAAUCUGCAUUCCACAGAACUCAAAGUGUUGGCAACAGACCAAAUGCAAAGGCCAUUUAUCAGCAAAGAAAAGCCUAUGCACAGAAGCUGAGCUCGGUAGAUAACCUGAUUGAGCACCGUGUUGAGCAUUUGAUUACCUGUGACCAUGACUUGAACAGCAAGAUAGAUGUGGAACAUUGCAUCCAGCAGCUGAGGAGGUUUGAUGCCGAGGGGAAGGUCUGGGGUCAGGACAUGUUACUGCAGCUAAGUAACACUUCCUUCAAACUAGCUGACCUUGAGACGAAGGAUGAGCUGGAGAAUUUUCCCAUUGAUAAUAUUCAGGAGAGCCAGUCAAUAAUGAAUAAAUGCAUCUACAACUCCAUCUUGGCUGUCACCAUCAGCAGGAGACACAUGAUGAAGAAAAGUGUCUUCUUAUUCCAGUGUGAGGAAAUCUCUGCUGACCUCAUGCAAAAUGAUGUGCAGAAAAAGAUCAGAAAAAAGACGGAAAGUGGAAAGCGGGACAUGCCGAGGCACACUCCAAGAAAUGAGAUGCACUUUCAGCCAUUUUAUAAGCUGCCUCCAGUACCACCAAAAUCGUUCCUGCCAGAUUAUGAUAACAAUGUGGAGCCUGCAAUACCGGAGUCUAGGAGCUGGACGCCAUCUGAGAAUGCAGCUCUUUCUAUAGACGCAUCUUUGAGUAAUGAACCGCUAAUAGUGGAUUGGGAAAGAGAUCAGGACAUCCUCAAUCAUGUACUAGAUGACAUUGAGCUCUUUAUUGAAAAACUUAAAGGAGCCAUUGUCUCUAAUCCUCAGAUGAGGAAGAAGAAGAAAUCAAAAAAAAUUAAAGAAAUAUUGCCACCAGAGGCAGACUACAAGGAUUGCCUGCAGAAGAUAAAAUAUGCCUUUAAUUUGAUAGGCAAGCUGGAGUUGCAUUCUGACAAAGCAAGAUUCGCAGAUUUAAUUCACUGUAUUUUCCAGAGUCUUCAGUUUAUCCUGGAGUACCUCCCAGAGAAACAUCUAGCAAAGGACGUGGUGGUUCCAUUGCUGAUACCAAGCGCCAUAGAAAUAUUGACUUUACACACAAAUGCGGAGGAAAAAAUGACCUGGAAGAGACUGGGAGAUGCAUGGUGCACUACAAGAUCAGACUGGCCAAAUGGUGAAUCUUUGGAAUGGUACAAUAUUGUGUUUUCAGAUGGUUCGACUCUACCUCUGCAACCUUUGCAGCAACAGCAUCCACCUGCCAAUCACUACCCGAGUGGUGAAAUGGAACAUCCAAUAAAGCAGAUGGGGAAUGGCACUUGGCAAAAUAAUGACACGUUUGAGAGGCGGCAGAAGUUUGCCAAAGCAAUCUAUGACUUCAAGAAAAGGAAUCCCAAGGAGCUCACAGUGUUAGCAGGAGAGAUUCUAGAGGUGUUGGAGGCUUCUAAACAGUGGUGGAAAGUAAAGGACAAGAAUGGUUCUAUUGGUUACAUCCCCAACAACAUACUAGAAUUUAUGGAACAGGACGAAAGUAAAUCCUUGAACGUCUAUCAGGAUGGUGACUCACAAUACCCGUCCAGGGGUCCUCAGGUGACUAUGGAUUCCACUGCCGGAGAGGUGGCAGCAUGGCUUCAGGGCAAAGGCUAUUCCAGAACCACUGUGAAGUCUUUGGGUGUUCUCACAGGUUCACAGUUACUGAGUCUAUCUGAGCAAGAGUUGACAAUGGUUAGUAAGAAUGAAGGACACCUUGUUUACAGAGAAAUUCACAGGAGUGGGAAUCCCAGUUACCCAGCCAUCCCUCCAUGGAAGACAGGUUAUUAGUAAUUAUCAGAGGAUUGAUCUUCUACACAAGAAAACCUAUUUAAAGACAAUAUUGUGGACAUGAUGACUUGGACAAACCUAUUUAGAUUCAUAUUUCAGUGUUUACCUGUAAGCUUUCUUUUAGAAAUAGCAUUAGUAUGUUGACCCUGCUCUUACAAUCGAUAUCUAUGAAUUGGUGUUUGUACCUGUGAAUGAAGUUAUGUUUAAAAUUUCCAAUCCAACACUCAAUGUUCCUAGCAAAAGAAAUAUAUUUUCAGUUAGAAGUGUUUAAUGUUCUGUAUCUUUAUUCAUUGAGAAAAAUCCAAUGGAACUCAAAUUGAAAGCUGACUAUUGACAAGAAAUCCUCUGUUAAUAUGGCAGUAUACCAGUAAGAGUAUAAGCUGUGAAGACAGACAGUGUUGGAUGUCAUCUUGGGUGGUGUAACCAUUGACUGAAGGCAUGAACCUGCAGUUAUAAAGCACUUCCAUAAUUUCAUAAGAUCUGAAUGCAUUUCAGAGCUAAUAGAUUACUUUGGAUGAGUAACCGGUGAUGUUCACAAGGCAAUAUAAUAAGUUUGCUGGUUGAGUGAUGAAUACUGGCAUAAAACAGUUGGGCUGAACUGUCUGUUUAGUGGUGAGAAUUCUGUCUAAUUCCAUGUAAUAAUGAACAAGCUAAUGGUUCCAACACAAACUACAUCUUAAAGAGGAAUUUCACACAAAGGUCCUUUAUUUAGGAAUCUUGGAAAAGUUGUACAAUACAGCUCUCCUCUCUUUUUCUGUUCUCCAUCCUGGUUAUCCUCUUAUGCUUUCAAUUCUCACUUGUCCAUCACCUCCCUCUGGUUCUCCUCAUCCUUCCCUUUCUUCCAUGAUCCACUGUCCUUUCCUAUUAGUUUCUUUCUUCUUCAUCUCUUUACCUCUUCCAACUAUCCCUUCUCAGUUUCUUACUUCAUCCCCCUCCCCUACCUGCCUCACCUGGUCUCACCCCUGCCAGCUUGUACUCCUUCCCUUCCCUUCUCCUUCUCAUUCUGUCUUCUUUCCCCUUCCUUUCCAGUUCUGAUGAAAGGACUCGGCCUGAAUGGUCAACUGUUUAUUUGCCUCCAUAAAUGCUGCCUGAUUUGCAGACUUCCUCCAGCAUUUUAUGUACAGUAUGUUGCACAAGACUUUGAUAAUAAAGUUACUUUGAACUUUGAUUUCCAGCAUCUGCAGAAUCUCUUGUGUAUACAAUCUAGCUUUUUCUCAGGUGAUGUUUCUAAAGAAACUCUCAACCAGCAAACUCCUAUGACAGAUCAGCAAUAAAUAGUUUGUCUAGUAUUUUGUCUAGUUGGAUAUAAACCAAACAUAGGCAAAUGGAACUAUCUCAGGCAAAUUGGUUGGCAUUGCUGGGUUGGGUUAAAGGCUUGAUUCUGUGCUGUAUAACUCUAUAGUUCUAUAACUAGCUCAAAGACCCAGCAGAGUAGGAUGGGCUGAAUGAGCUUUCUAAGUGCUGGUGGUGUUGUAUGGGACUAUACACAGACUAGGAAAGUUGAGCCGUUGGCUGAAUGUAGUCGUUAGAGUUUGGAGAAGGGGAAGGAUCAGAAAUGAGAUUAGGCAGCUUUUCCUGUUCAUCUGGCCCUCUUCUCUCAAGUUGAGGACUGCUUGUAUUUAUUUAAUUUUCCCAGUUUGUGGAAUGGGAACAGUGCUCCAGAGAAGUGGGCAUUACAUCCAUUAUCUCUCCGGCCCAGGUUGGAGAUGAGAGCCGAUUUUGCUCGCGCUCCGCGAAUGCUCACUCCCCUCUAGGGCGCCUUUUGCUGUUCUGUUGUUUGGUCAAUUUAAAUGCCAUUCCAGGUGGACUGAAAAGACAGGGUGUUGGGAUCCGAAACAAGAGCUGAUUUCUCUCACUCUCCACGGUGGUCACUCCUCUGUCCAAGGUGCUGAGGCGAUGAAGACUGCCCUGGCUGCUGUGCUCCGUGCCCACUAACAUGAUGAACUGAGAAGUGAGGUUUUGGGUCCACUCCAGGCUGCCCCGGGGUUCAGAUCUGAGGACUCAAUUUGGUUCGGAGUGUUGUUGAUCACUUCAAUUGUUUUUGUGAUUUGUAUUUUUUUCCUUUCUCUUGUGCAUUGGGUGUUGGUCUUCCAUUUUUUAAAAUUGGGUUCUGUCAGGUGUCUUGCUUUGUAGCUGUAAGCAAACAAAUCUCAAGGUUGUAUAAUUUAUGCAUUCUUUGAUAAUAAAUGCACUUUGAA